AUGGAGACCGACAGUGAAGCAAAAAUCGAGCUACCGCCCUUCCGGGCCCCAGAUCCUGACUUUGCUAAGCCCAAGCAAAAGGACAAAGACAAGCUCCCAAAUUUCAAGGAAAAGUUUGGGGACUCCUUGACUCCGCGCCCUCUUCCACUACAGCCAAAAGUCCCAGGAUUCUACAUUCCCGGCUUCACUCAAGCCUGUCUGGACGGCCUUCCAAUUCGAACCUAUGCUAUAGGUGGUAUAUACUACAAUAUGACUCAGCCUCAAAAUGAAACGCGAUCCUCGCACAAGCGAUGGACUAUAGAUCGGAGGGAACUCACCUAUACUCUCGAGGUUGUUCAACAACCCGAGAAGGCGAGAGCCUGUGGCUCUGGCCCAAGGUCCUCGGCAGACAGAAGACCUGUCGACCCUCCACCUGUCGUCGAGUUGAAAGUAUUCUCUAAUGGCGUCGAUGUUACCAUGUCUUAUGAUUCUACAUUCAUGCUCUACGCCAGCCUAGAAGUUGCCCGGCCUAUUGCUGGUGGCAAGAUGCACACUCCUCAGACCAUUCCUGUCCUGACAGGUGUUGCGGUCGCUAGUGCUGCCUAUCUCACCCGUCCGGAGCCGGCUGCAUAUUUCAUCUUUCCAGACCUUGCUGUUAGACACGAGGGCUGGUACCGACUCAAGUUUUCACUGUUUGAAGCUGUCAAGAACGAAGUCGAUUCUGAUAUGGAUAAGCCCUUCAUUUAUUCCGGCCGCAGCGGUAACGCAAAUGACCCACCUGUAUGA